GCCAAGCGGCCCCAGUGUCACACUCGACGCCCGUUCCUCCUCAGGCACACACUUCGUCCAAGAGAGCAAUCAUGAAGGCCGUUUGUAUCGUGGCCUUGGUCGCCGCACUGUGCGUCGCUCCCUUCCGAGCUGAACGGCCUCCGCCCGGAGUGCUGCGUCCUCUGCCCCGCUCUGGCCAUGAGGGCGUGAAUACUCUGCCGGCUCUUUUGCCUGACGACCUGAGGCAGACCAGGCCUUUUGUCCGCCCCGACGUCCCUUCCUUCCAGCGACCUCAGAUCCAGCCCCGACAUCCAUCUUUUAUCAAACAGACGAAGCCUCUUCCCCGCCCAGUGGGAGUUAAAACUCUGCCAGCAGAAUUACCAGAGGAUCUCAAGCAGACAAGACCCUUUGCUCGUCCAGCAGGAGUAAACACUCUUCCUGCUGACCUCCCCGAGGAUCUUCGAGGCUCAAGGAAGCAGACAAGACCUUUUGUCCGCCCCGACGUCCCUUCCUUCCAGCGACCUCAGAUCCAGCCCCGACACCCAUCUUUUAUCAAGCAGACGAAGCCUCUUCCCCGUCCAGUGGGAGUCGAAACUCUGCCAGCAGAAUUGCCAGAGGAUCUCAAGCAGACAAGACCCUUUGCUCGUCCAGCAGGAGUAAACACACUUCCUGCUGAUCUUCCUGAGGAUCUCCAAGGCUCAAGGAAGCAGACAAGACCAUUUGACCGCCCCGACGUCCCCUCCUUCCAGCGACCUCAGAUCCAGCCCCGACACCCUUCCUUUAACAAACAGACGAAACCACUGCCUCGUCCUCUUAGAGUGGCAACUCUGCCAGCAGAACUCCCAGAAGAUCUCAAGCAGACAAGACCCUUUGUUCGCCCAUCAGGAGUAAACACACUUCCUGCUGACCUUCCCGAGGAUCUCCAAGGCUCAAGGAAGCAGACAAGACCUUUUGUCCGCCCCGACGUCCCUUCCUUCCAGCGACCUCAGAUCCAGCCCCAACACCCAUCUUUCAACAAGCAAACAAAGCCUCUGCCUCGUCCGCUAGAACUUCCGGGGGAUCUCAAGCAGACAAGGCCCUUUGCUCGUCCUCCAGUCCCAUCCUUCCAGCGUCCCAAUCCUUGGUCUCUCCAUGUGCCUCAAGGCGAAGCCGAGAUCUGCCAGAGCUGCGAGCGCCUGCCCUUCGUUCGCCGAGGAGCCUGUUGCAAGCGGUGGAACCUCUGCUGUUGAAGAACCUUGUGGCUGCAGGUCGACAGAUGACAUCCUGUGACUUUUAGUGUUGUCAUUAGUGAUGAUUUUUUGUUUUUUACAUCUCUUGGUUUGGUGGAUAAUGAGGGUGUUACCACCCACAAAGUAACAUAAUAAUAAGCAUAAACAGAACGAGUCUUUUCAGUAAUAUGUAUGUGUUUGUGUGACGCCAAACAUUUAGGAAUAUGCUACAUGGAAUUAUUUCAGCAUUAUACAACAAAUAUGAUAUUUAAAAAUCUUA